CUUCUAGGGUUGAACCGGGAAUCGCAAUAUCGCUUCAGCAUUCGGUUGUUUGGUUUUCUUUCGGUGCAACGAACAUCAUUGAAUAUUCUCGCAAUUUCUCGCUUAGUUCAGUUGCAUUAAAGAAUCAGAUAUGGCAGCGGUUUUGCGCGUGAAACGAAGAAACGCCGAGGAACCUCUGGAGGCUUUAGUGAUCGCUUGUAAACGGCGAAAAACUGAAAAUAUCGACGGCGCAGACAUCGCAGCCAGCGAUCCUGUCACAGCCGUAUUAAAGUUUGCCGGUACGGUCAAAAAUCAGGCUGACAAUGUCAUCGAGUGUAUCAGUAAAACACUCACAAAAGAAGAAUUGAAGGCUAAUUUCAAGAAUCAUAUUGUGGCCAAUGUUACGUCAAAGACACGCGAGCAGUCUAAACAAAAAUCACAGGAAAAUCGGUACAAAGUAGUAAACUACUUUCGCUCUCUCGAAUCAAACGAUGUAGAGGAACUUGUUGACAAGGAAAUUUCUGUAAUUGAUGUCGAAGAUUCAACUUCUGCUAUCUCUGAAGAAACGGUAGUCAUUGCACAGGAUGAAAACUAUGUCUACGAUUUGUAUUAUACUCAAACCGGUCACGACAUGCUGAUAGAUCAACUAGUCUCAAUUCACCCAUUUCAAGACGAGCUGGUGUUUGGUUCCUACAGAGAUAACGGAAUAGAUGCAGAAGUAUAUGAUCAGUCCGAAGACUCAAAUUCUGAAUCCAAUUGGAGGAACGAUUAUCCGGACUCCGACCAUUCCGAGAAUUCCAUAUGCGAGGACGAUAUGCGGUCCGCAGUGAAAAGGAUAAGCCUUAGAGGUGAUAGUGAUGUGUCGAGCGUCGAUGAAGACUUCGUCUACGCGCUACCCGAGGAUGACGUUGACCACUUUGGCUUCGAAUAUGCAAAAUACAAGGCGAGGAUCAAUGCCGAAAUGGACAAUGAUUUGGCUGACGCGGUUUCGGAUUCGGACAGUGGCAGCGAAGAUGACGAGUAUCGACAGUACGAAGAUCCAUCUUAAUUUAAAACUGAAGUAAUUAAAUCUCGUUGCACGAUUCAGCCAUGGUUAUAAAAUUAUGGCCAACUGUUAUUGCCCAUAUAGGUAUACGCAUUCGAUAGAGUUAUUGUUUUGUAUUUGAGAGAUUAAAGUAUUGAAAAUUUUCA